AUGACUACCACCGACACGAUCCUCGCGGCAAAAUACCCUGCCAAGGCUCAUGCGCGCCGUGUCGCUGAGUCCAUCAAGGCUCGGCAGGGGACCGACAACGACGAACCGCAACCUUUCAGACAACGCCGCCCAUUCUUCUACCUGACCGGAUGUCUCCUCCCCGAUGCCUCCGUCGUCUAUGAUGUGAACGCCGAUCAGUUGACUCUGUUCAUUCCUCCUAUCGACCCGGAAUCUGUCAUCUGGUCCGGUCUCCCCUUGUCGCUCGACGAUGCUUCAAAGCUUUACGACGUCGAUCGCGUCCUUUAUACUACCGACGUCAAUGCGACACUGGCCUCCAUCUCCUCCAGCCAGGGCGGAAAGGCGCCCGUCUUUGCCAUUGAAGAGCAGGUGUCGUCCGAAGUCAAGUUCCACGGCUUCUCCGCUACAAACCUAUCGGACCUGAAGGAAGUCAUCGGAGAUGAGCGUGUGGUCAAGGAUGCCUACGAGAUUGCUCUGCUUCGCAAGGCCAACGAGAUCUCUGGCAAAGCCCACGUCGCCGCCAUCAAGGCUGGCCAAACCGCCACGAAUGAGCGGGAGGUUGAGGCCGCUUUCAUUGGCACCUGCUACGCCAAUGAGAGCCGCGAGCAGUCUUACCAUGGUAUUUUUGCUAGCGGCGAAGGCGGCGCUACCCUCCACUACACAGCCAAUGACAAGCCUCUGAUUGACUCCAACGGCCAGCGCAAGAAGAACAUGCUCAUUGAUGCUGCUGGCGAAUACCAAACCUACUGUGCCGAUAUUACUCGUGUCAUCCCUCUGGAUGGCAAAUUCAACGAGGAAACCCGCCAGAUCUACAAGAUUGUGCUGGAGAUGCAAGAAGAGGCCAUUGCCGUCCUGAAGGCGGGCGUGAAGUGGGACGAUGUGCACGCCCUGACCCACCGCGUUGCCAUCCGUGGCCUGCUGAAGCUCGGCAUCCUGCGCGGAUCCGAGGAUGAAAUCUUCGAUAAGCGCGUCAGCGUGGCUUUCUUCCCCCACGGCCUGGGCCACUACCUGGGCAUGGAUACCCAUGACACCGGCGGCCACCCCAAUUACGAGGAUACCGAUAAGAUGUUCCGCUAUCUGCGUGUGCGAGUUGAACCUGGUAUUUACUUCUGCCGCUUCAUCAUCGACCCUGUCCUCAAGGAUGCGGAGUUGAGUAAGUACAUCGACACUGCCGUUCUGGACCGAUACUGGAGUGUUGGAGGUGUCCGAAUUGAGGACAAUCUGCAUAUCACCAAGGAUGGCUCGGAUAACCUGACUACGGCGCCCAAGGCCCUGGCGGAAGUGGAGAGCUUGGCCCAAUAG